AUGUUGACAUUUAUUCAUUCAUAUCCAACUAUACAACAAUGCAAAUCUCAAGAACAACAAUAUAUUGAACAACAAAGAAGUGAAUUAGAAUUUGAAUAUAUUACUUUCCGUUGCUCCAUUUAUCAUAUAAUUUUUCAUGCUAUUAUCUCAAAUUUACUUAAAGAUCAAAAACAUACUUUAACUGAUAAUGAUAUGGAACAUAUAUGUAAACUUACAGAUGGUUUUAGUGAUGCCGAUAUGCAUAGUCUUUGUCAUGAUGCAGCUUUAGGACCUAUUCGAGAUAUACAUGAUAUUGAAUUACUCUUGAGUGAAGAAGUACGUGGUAUUUCAGUUGACGAUUUUAUUAAAUCACUUAAAGCUAUUCGACCAAGUGUAUCCGAAAGUGAUUUAAAACAAUAUGAAGAUUGGAAUAAAACAGAUGGCUCUAUUUAA